AUGAUGUUCAAUACAUUGUUCACGUUGAUAGUGGGAUUGUUGCUUAAUGUAACUAAUGUCCUUGGCUAUAUUCCGGGCCAUGUUGGUAAUGCAAUUGAGUUAAAUUCGAAAGAUUAUGGUGCAUCAUGUUCGCCUAUCAAAUAUACGCCAAAUAGCAAAAUGCAGGCUUCAAUUGAGUUACACAUCGAACAGUUGGAAUCGGAUGAUAGAUCUACGUUGAAGGACUUGAAGAUUCCUGUGUUAUUAUUUCGUUAUACUGAUAUUUUAAAUUUCACUUCUAUCCCUCCGAUUGAGAAUUAUUUUUAUGAUUACUCUUAUGUUUUGAAUGAUGGAACGUUGGAAGAACAGAAAGAGUUUUUUAAAGAUGUGGUUGAUCUUAAGCAAAACAAAUUCAGGUUAAAUUUAGAUAAGAACUACAAGCUUCAUAAGGAUAGAAUUUACAAUGACUAUUUGACAACUGAUUCUAAAGACGAAAAACAUACGAAAGCUGUUUUACCAGUAUAUGAGUCAGGAAUAUAUUGUGCUUAUGUUGCUCCACCAAUAAAUUCUGGUAUCAAGAAAUUGUCGAUUCCAGUCAAUUAUCAGAAUUCAUAUGGUUAUUUGCCAUAUAUUCAAUAUACGUUUUAUACGCAGUAUAAGUAUAUAAUUGCUAUUGGUUUAUUAUUGGCAGCCUAUUUGUUCCAUUACAUUAUCAAAUUUAAAGUUGGAAAGGAUUUCAAAAAUAUGAAUUCUAUUUCAAUUAUUUCAAAGGCUGUGAUAUUCUAUUUAUUAGUCCCUGUUAUAUUACUCUCUUGUGGUGAUUGGUUUAUCGCCUUUAUUCAAAAUAACUACAUUUCAAGUGGAAGUCAUGCGGUCGUUUUUAAAUUUAUGAAGGUGACCAUGACUUGGAUAGAUUAUAAUUUUGGUAUUGUUUUCAGAUUCCUUAUUUUGCUUUUCGCUAUGGGUUAUGGUGUGAUUUAUUAUCAUAAUGAUACAAAUCAAAAUUAUAGGGAAAUGCCUGGAAGACUACUCAAUAAAGCGGUAAUUUUGUUAGUUACUAAUAUUUGCUUGUUUGGUGUGAGGGAAAGUUUUGAAUAUUUGGGAGGCAGUACCCAAUCCCCAAUAUAUGGAGAUGCAGGUUCGAAUGGAAUGCAAAUGAUUAAUCCUCAUUCCAAUUUUACUACCAUUUUCAUCAUUCGUCAACUCAUUAAUUUUGCGUGUGAAAUAUUUCCAUUGAUAUGGUUUGUAUUAUCGUUGGUUCACUACUUCAAAACGAAGAAGACAAUUGCAAAAUUUCCACCUGUAUCACCCGUAUCAGAGGGAUCUAUAGAUGCAAAUGAGAGGAUUGUAAAAUCAUUUAGACAAUCAAUUCUUAUUUUAUUCGUAUUGCCUGUUUUUCUCAUGUCCAUAUUUCUUGCAUUUAUUGUGUACCAUAUCAUCCAUUCAAAUGAAUAUUCUUUAGAUAUCCCUAAGACAGGUAGGGAGGAUCUUAUUGAACUGGUCUUAACAAUUAGAAUGUUAGAAAUUCAGACAUUUGAUAGAUCAACCAUAUUGCCUGCCCUUUGGAGUGCCGUUUUGAACGUUUACUUGACAAUCAUAUUGAUUUAUGCCAUUUGGAUCAGAAAUGAUAAUGAAUUAGUUAUGGAAGCGUACAAUAAUGAAAUAUCUGGGUCAAUGAACCUGGCAUAUGACAGUGAUUCUUAUGAGAAUACUGAUCAUUAA